AUGACGAUAUCAAAGACCUUGCUGAUAUCGUUAUUUGUGGCAAUGCCACUCGUUUCCGCGCAUGUGCCAGAGGUUCCUGCUGACGCGAACCUCGACUGGGCGACAAAACAUAUGAUAGAGGAACAUCACAUCGUUAAUUUCGACGCGGGAUCCUUUUUUGCGCUUCACGACUACGAUGAGACUGGCACAUGGUCUCCGGAUGAAGUACGCAAGACUUACGGUCUCGAUGACGAGUCAAAUCGUAGCUUAACCGAAGACCGAAAGAGGCAAAUUUUGACCGAAGUCUUUGCAAUCUUUGACCCAAAGAAGACCGGAGUAAUCACAAGGGAGGAAUGGCUCAGGCUAUCCAGCGAGGGCAAAAAGCUCCCUGACUUUGGCGUGGGCCCAGGGCAUCAUGGAGAUAUGGAAUACGAAUAUGAGAUUCACCAUUUCGAGAAAUACCAUGGGGACGACGCCAGGCCAGAAGACUUGACUCACCCGGAGGACAUUGAGCAUUUCCGCAGACACGAUGAGGAGGAAGACGCGCAAAAGAAACUCGAUGAAAUGCAGGGCAUGUCGAUAGUGGAGGCAAACAUUCCUGAGAAGUUCAAGAAGCGCGCAUCAUGA